CCCAUAUGGUGCACUACACACAGUGCCUGCUCUAGAUAUUCCUUACCCUUCUUUCGGCUCGAAUUUCGUCGUUGCGAUGAUCUUGAAAGUUGCCCUCGUUUUCCGGCGUAGCUUUUCUCCCUUAAAAACUGGUCCCUUGCUUUCUCAAGCUUUAAUCAUCCAUCCUAAACCAUCUUAUCUUAGGGGUGUCCUUAGGAUGGAUAAAGGGAGAUUAUAGCUUAAAUUUGAAGAAAAAACCAGAAACAUUGGGAAAGAAUUCAGUCACCGGAAAAUUUCUCGUUGUUGCUGCUAUUCACUGUUCAAGCCGGCAGAUUCAUUCUCCUUUUUAUUUAUUUUUUCUUCACUGUGUUUCUCGGUUUUUCCGGCGAGUUCAUUGCGUGUAUAUAUUCAUAUAUUUGGUAAAUUACACAUUUAUCCACUUUUUCUCGUUAUUUCCACUUGACUUCCUUUUACUGAACCCAUUUUCUUUUCUAUCCCAUCUCUGUUUACAAAAUCCUUAUCCCUCUGUGUUACCACUAUUACCGCCAUACCACUCUCUAAGCCAUGGCUGCCACCUCCAAGCUCGUCCCCGUCCAUCUCUCGCUCCCAAAUCCCAACCCAAAACUCCCAUUUUCCAUUCCAAAGCCGCCCUCUUUCUCUGCUCCCAAACGCCUCUCCGUCCGAUGCGCCAAGAGGUCCCAACGGACUGGAAAGCUGAAGUACCCAUCCGAGAAGAAGAAGCUGCUCAACUCCAGACGCCAAACUCAGCUCGAUGAAGCCGAGAAAUUCCAAGGGCUUUGGCGGCUUUCCAAUCUCGGCGUCAGUGUCCAUAGAGACCCCGGAAAAGAUUUUCUUGGCGUUUCAGAGGCCUUGCUUGAAGAAAUCGCCAAAGUUCUUGAAUUUCCGGUUGCUUCUAUGCUGCCUCCUGAAGCCUUCUCAAUUGUCCGGAAAUCUUUUGAUUCAAGGAAGCUGCUUAAGGAGCCCAAAUUUGUAUAUAUUGUAGACAUGGAUGUUAGUAAACUUUUGGAUCUGGAACCUCGCACUGCAGACUUCAUUUCCCGACUGGAACCCAAGGUUGGGUUAAUAGAACAUAUGCCUCAUGAGAGACUUUCUGGAGAUAUAAUUAACAUUGUUCGUGAUUAUAGAAGGAUGAACAAUGGGGCUUUCUCAAGAGAAGCUGGGCAUGUUCAAUUAAGUGAAUCAUACAAGUACCCAGCUACUAAAAAGCCAAAAGUAGCAGUUGUGGGUAGUGGGCCAUCUGGGUUGUUUGCUUCUCUCGUGCUUGCAGAACUUGGUGCAGAUGUUACACUAAUAGAAAGAGGUCAAGCAGUUGAAAGGAGGGGGCGUGAUAUUGGAGCAUUGGUAGUUCGGAGAGUUUUACAACUUGAAAGCAAUUUUUGCUUUGGGGAGGGUGGUGCAGGUACUUGGAGUGACGGAAAGCUAGUAACUAGAAUUGGAAAGAACAGUCACAGUGUUCUUGCUGUUAUGAAGACAUUAGUUCAUUUUGGUGCUCCAAAGAAUAUCUUAGUUGAUGGAAAGCCUCAUUUAGGAACAGAUAGAUUGGUUCCGCUCUUGCGCAACUUCCGGCAACAUUUAAAAGGACUGGGGGUUAAUAUCAUGUUUGGAACAAGGGUAGGUGACUUGCUUGUAGAGAGUGGAAAUGUGGUAGGAGUGGAAGUUUCUGAUUCCAGAUCCAACUUAGAGUUUAAUAGCAAGAAGCUGGGAUGUGAUGCAGUUGUGCUUGCAGUUGGUCAUUCUGCCCGUGACAUAUAUCAAAUGCUUCAAUCUCAUGAUUUGAACCUGGCCCCUAAAGAUUUUUCUGUUGGUUUGCGGAUUGAGCAUCCUCAAGACCUAAUAAACAGCAUACAGUACUCUGAAUUUGCUGAUGAAGUCCGCAGUGGACGUGGGAAAGUACCAGUUGCUGAUUACAAGGUUGUCAAGUAUAUUAAUGGAAAAGAUGUGGAUACACCCUUUAAUCUGGGAGCUAUGAGGCGGAGUUGUUAUUCCUUCUGCAUGUGUCCUGGUGGGCAGGUUGUUCUUACUAGUACAGAUCCAUCAGAACUAUGUAUCAACGGCAUGUCAUUCUCUCGACGAGCAUCUAAGUGGGCAAAUGCAGCAAUAGUUGUUACUGUAUCAUCCAAGGAUUUUGAUGCUCUAAAUUUCCAUGGACCACUGGCAGGAGUUGAGUUCCAGAGGGAAUUUGAGCGAAGAGCAGCAACCAUGGGAGGGGGCAACUUUGUGGUGCCUGUACAAACAGUUACUGAUUUUCUUGAGAACAAAUUGUCAGGAGCAUCUGUUCCACCAUCAAGUUAUCGAUUGGGUGUGAAGGCAGCCAAACUCCAUGAAUUGUUCCCCAGCUAUAUAACGGAAGCUUUGCAAAAUUCAAUCUCAAUGUUUGACAGAGAGUUGCCAGGAUUUAUCUCCAGCACUGCUCUUCUUCAUGGAGUGGAGACAAGAACCAGUUCUCCCAUCCAGAUUCCACGCAACCCUGACACAUACGAAAGCACAUCACUGAAAGGACUCUAUCCGGUUGGAGAAGGAGCUGGUUAUGCAGGCGGGAUUGUUAGUGCAGCUGUGGAUGGCAUGUAUGCUGGUUUUUCUCUGGCAAAAAGCCUAAAUCUGUACCAAGGAAGCGUAGAAUCGGUUCUGGGCAAGGCUCAAAAUGCUGGUCUCGCGAAUUAUUGAAACCUAUUUAAAUUUUUCAUCUAGCAUUCCAGCUACGGCAGCAUGAAUGUGAAGAAGCAAAUUAGAUCUAAACUGCUGUCUCUGAAGAAUCAAAGAAGACAUCUAGUUGGGCUCUGAUGUUCUGAUCUUUCGAUUCUUCUCUUUUCCUGUCUGGAGAAUCAAAGAAAUGUAUUCAGCUCUCUCAUUGACUCUUUUAUUUUCCACUUUUCCUUUCCUGAGUUGUUUUUGUUUUCAGUUCAUCACUCUGUAAAUGAAUAGUGUAAAUGGAACAUAUUAUCUGUAACAUGGGAAGCCAUGGAAGAAUCUUCAUCUUCCAUAUCAAAUUGCCUAUUUUAUCUUGAUACCUUCU